UAAAAUUUAAAGUCAAUCAUUUACAACUGAAGACAAAGUCCAAAGCUCAACCGAGCCUUCUUACUCAGUCUCAUUUUUGUUCAUUUCCACAAUUCCAGUUAGCAACUCAGAUAUGGUGGAAGGAGGAGUCAGAGAUAUAGAUGAUUUACCAAAGAAUGAUGCAAACUAUACAGCUCUAACACCACUCUGGUUUUUAGAAAGAGCAGCGUUAGUACAUCCACAAAGAAAAUCUGUAAUUCAUGGAUCUUUGCACUAUACUUGGUUACAGACUUAUCAAAGAUGUCGUAGAUUAGCUUCUGCUCUUUCUAAACAUUCUGUUGGUCUUGGCAAAACGGUAGCUGUCAUUGCCCCAAACAUCCCAGCCAUCUAUGAAGCUCAUUUUGGAGUUCCAAUGGCUGGAGCUGUGGUGAACUGUGUUAACAUUCGCCUAAAUGCACCCACAAUUGCUUUCCUUCUUGGGCACUCGUUGGCCUCAGUUGUUAUGGUUGAUCAGGAGUUUUUCUCCUUGGCAGAAGAGGCUUUGAAAAUAUUAGCCAGCGCUGAGAAGGGCACCUUUAAGCCUCCAGUUUUAAUUGUCAUAGGUGAUGAAAACUGUGACCCUGGUCAGUUUAAAGAUGCUCUAGACAAAGGCGCCAUUGAUUAUGAGAAGUUUCUGGAAAGUGGUGAUCCCGAGUAUGCUUGGAAACCACCGAAGGAUGAGUGGCAGAGUAUUGCCUUGGGUUAUACUUCUGGGACAACUUCAAGUCCGAAGGGGGUGGUAUUGAGCCACCGAGGGGCAUAUGUAAUGUCUCUCAGUGGUGCGUUGAUAUGGGGGAUGACUGAAGGGGCCGUAUACCUGUGGACUCUUCCCAUGUUUCACUGCAAUGGUUGGUGUUACACUUGGACACUUGCAGCUCUUUGCGGUACUAGCGUUUGCCUUCGUCAGGUGUCCGCAAAGGCAGUUUACUCGGCCAUAGCAAAUGAAGGAGUCACACAUUUCUGUGCUGCACCUGUUGUUCUUAACACCAUUGCAAGUGCUCCAAGAGAUCAAACAAUCCUCCCUCUUCCACGCCAAGUCAACGUGAUGACUGCGGGUGCAGCACCACCUCCUCCUGUUCUAUUAGCCAUGUCCAAACAUGGAUUCCGCGUAACCCACACUUACGGCCUCUCUGAAACAUAUGGUCCCUCAACUGUGUGUGCCUGGAAGCCAGAGUGGGACUCCCUACCUCUCGAGGCUCAAGCUCGUUUAAAUGCUCGUCAAGGUGUUCGUUAUAUUGGAUUGGAAGGUCUAGACGUUUUUGACACCGAAAAACAGACACCUGUACCUGCUGAUGGUGUCACCAUGGGUGAAAUUGUCGCUCGUGGAAAUUCCGUAAUGAAGGGAUACCUAAAGAACCCAGAAGCAAAUAAGGAGGCGUUUGCUAACGGUUGGUUCCAUUCUGGGGAUCUUGCCGUGAAGCACCCAGACGGAUAUAUAGAGAUUAAGGAUAGAGCGAAGGAUAUUAUCAUUUCGGGGGGUGAAAAUAUUAGUAGUUUGGAAGUAGAAAGCUUGUUAUAUCAGCAUCCAGCUGUUUUUGAAACAUCAGUUGUGGCAAGACCAGAUGAAAAAUGGGGAGAAUCUCCUUGUGCUUUUGUAACAUUGAUACCAGGAACAGAAGGAUCAAAUGAAAAGGAUGUAGCUCAAGACAUAAUGAAGUUUUGUCGAGCGAAAAUGCCAGCUUUCUGGGUGCCGAAGUCUGUUGUUUUCGGACCUUUGCCAAAAACGGCAACCGGGAAGAUACAGAAACACGUUUUGAGAGCUAAGGCCAAAGAAAUGGGUCCUGUUAAGCGAAGUAGAUUGUAGGGUUGGUGAAUAAAAUUCUGGAGGGUAUUAUGUUUAAUAAUAUCUGUAAUUUAAUAAAUAUGUAGUUGUUAUAUUCAUCAGCUGUUAUCAUCAUCUUCUCCAUUGAUUUUAUUUAACCUUCAUUUUUCUGCCCGGAUCUUGGUUCACUUAGUCACUUAGAGAUCCGGGAAGAAUAGUCUUCGGUGAUUUUAUGUUAAAGAGAUUGCAUAGAAAA